AUGUAUGAGCUUCAAUCAUUGAUCAAUGCCGCUGUCGCCAAUGUGACCGAGAUCAUCAAGUCAACUGACAAAGGCGGCCCUUGUGCGAAAUACAAAAAGGCCCUGGUUGCAGCCAAGCCUACUGCAUUGUUCACUCCUCUCCUGGUGCCAGAUGCCAUGGUCAACUUGUGCAAGACCUUUGGCUUCUACACCAAUGAGACCUGCGAGGAAAACUUCUUGACACAAGAUUUCGGUGCCACCUGGGCGCAGGUGCUCGCUCUUGCCGAGGAUGGUGACUAUAUCUGCCAUACACUCGGGCCUGAAUUUUGUCCUGGACCCCUGACUCGUCCUUCGGAUACCUCCAGGCUGUUUCCUAGGCCCAAGCCAGAGCAUGUUGAAAUCCCCGAGGCGACUGAGAAGCGCGUGAAGGUGCUUCACAUCAAUCGUAGCAAGGCUCUUCAUCUCGCUUCGCUUUAUGCGUACUUCAAAUGCGAUGCCCCCAAGGGUGCUUGUGGGGGCUCCCUAGCACAGUCCAUUUAUACUGGGGAUAUUGCUUCGCGCGACCCUGAGUUGCAAAUGUCCCGGGACUACUUAGAGUAA